AUGUGGACACACUUAUGCCGAAAUCACACUCAUAUUCCUGCCACCAUCCCCCUGUAUUCCCCCCCCCGUUCCUACCGCCAUCACCCACCCCCUGUGUUCCUACCGCCAUCACCCCCCCGUGUUCCUACCGCCCACCCCCCCCCGUGUUCCUACCGCCAUCACACCCCCCCCGUGUUCCUACCGCCCCCCCGUGUUCCUACCGCCAUCACACCCCCCGUGUUCCUACCGCCAUCACACCCCCCCCCCCCCAUGUUCCUACCGCCACCCCCCCCCCCCCGUGUUCCUACCGCCAUCACCCCGUGUUCCUACCAGACCUUUGCAGCUGAUUCUGACCGGGCCAAAGAAAUUACAGGAGCGAUAGGCGUUUAUAGCCAGACCCGCCUCUCCUCCCCUCCCAAUCCCGACACAGAGACCCGCCUCUCCUCCUCGCGAGACCCGCCUCUCCUCCUCUCCCAAUCACAACAGAGACCCGCCUCUCCUCCUCGCGAGACCCGCCUCUCCUCCUAUCCCGACACAGAGACCCGCCUCUCCUCCUAUCCCGACACAGAGACCCGCCUCUCCUCCUCGCGAGACCCGCCUCUCCUCCUCGCGAGACCCGCCUCUCCUCCUCAGACCCGCCUCUCCUCCCCCCUCCCAAUCCCGACACAGAGACCCGCCUCUCCUCCUCGCGAGACCCGCCUCUCCUCCUCUCCCAAUCACAACAGAGACCCGCCUCUCCUCCUCGCGAGACCCGCCUCUCCUCCUAUCCCGACACAGAGACCCGCCUCUCCUCCUAUCCCGACACAGAGACCCGCCUCUCCUCCUAUCCCGACACAGAGACCCGCCUCUCCUCCUCGCGAGACCCGCCUCUCCUCCUCGCGAGACCCGCCUCUCCUCCUCGCGAGACCCGCCUCUCCUCCUCGCGAGACCCGCCUCUCCUCCUCGCGAGACCCGCCUCUCCCAAUCACAACAGAGACCCGCCUCUCCUCCUCUCCCAAUCACAACAGAGACCCGCCUCCCCUCCUAUCCCGACACAGAGACCCGCCUUUCCUCCUCGCGAGACCCGCCUCUCCUCCUCACGAGACCCGCCUCUCCUCCUCGCGAGACCCGCCUCUCCUCCUCGCGAGACCCGCCUCUCCUCCCGUCCCAAUCCCGACACAGAGACCCGCCUCUCCUCCUCGCGAGACCCGCCUCCUCCUCUCCCAAUCCCGACACAGAGACCCGCCUCUCCUCCUAUCCCGACACAGAGACCCGCCUCUCCUCCUCGCGAGACCCGCCUCUCCUCCUCGCGAGACCCGCCUCUCCUCCCCUCCCAAUCCCGACACAGAGACCCGCCUCUCCUCCUCUCCCAAUCACAACAGAGACCCGCCUCUCCUCCUCGCGAGACCCGCCUCUCCUCCUCGCGAGACCCGCCUCUCCUCCUCGCGAGACCCGCCUCUCCUCCCCUCCCAAUCCCGACACAGAGACCCGCCUCUCCUCCUCUCCCAAUCACAACAGAGACCCGCCUCUCCUCCUCGCGAGACCCGCCUCUCCUCCUAUCCCGACACAGAGACCCGCCUCUCCUCCUAUCCCGACACAGAGACCCGCCUCUCCUCCUCGCGAGACCCGCCUCUCCUCCUCGCGAGACCCGCCUCUCCUCCUCGCGAGACCCGCCUCUCCUCCUCGCGAGACCCGCCUCUCCUCCUCGCGAGACCCGCCUCUCCUCCUCGCGAGACCCGCCUCUCUCCCUCGCGAGACCCGCCUCUCCUCCUCGCGAGACCCGCCUCUCCUCCUCGCGAGACCCGCCUCUCCUCCUCGCGAGACCCUCCUCUCCCAAUCACAACAGAGACCCGCCUCUCCUCCUCUCCCAAUCACAACAGAGACCCGCCUCCCCUCCUAUCCCGACACAGAGACCCGCCUUUCCUCCUCGCGAGACCCGCCUCUCCUCCUCGCGAGACCCGCCUCUCCUCCUCGCGAGACCCGCCUCUCCUCCUCGCGAGACCCGCCUCUCCUCCCGUCCCAAUCCCGACACAGAGACCCGCCUCUCCUCCUCGCGAGACCCGCCUCUCCUCCUCUCCCAAUCCCGACACAGAGACCCGCCUCUCCUCCUAUCCCGACACAGAGACCCGCCUCUCCUCCUAUCCCGACACAGAGACCCGCCUCUCCUCCUCGCGAGACCCGCCUCUCCUCCUCGCGAGACCCGCCUCUCCUCCCCUCCCAAUCCCGACACAGAGACCCGCCUCUCCUCCUCGCGAGACCCGCCUCUCCUCCUCGCGAGACCCGCCUCUCCUCCUCACCCGCCUCUCCUCCUCGCGAGACAGAGACCCGCCUCUCCUCCUCGCGAGACAGAGACCCGCCUCUCCUCCUCGCGACACCGAGACCUGCCUCUCCCCCUCACGACACUGA